AUGGCCAGCAUGCCUGUUAGUUUUAACGAGCUGACCAGCCGACUUUUGCCCUACUUCCACUGGACCAACGUUGUUAUCUGCUUGAUUUUGUCCGGCGCCGAAGCCUUCGCUCAGGGCACGCGAACAGAUGUUGUCAUUGUUAAAAAUGGCAGAAGAAUAUGUGGCACGGGAGGCUGCUUAGCCAAUGCACCUUUGCAUCAGAACAAGAGCUAUUUUGAGUUUAAAAUCCAGUCCACAGGGAUUUGGGGUAUUGGAGUUGCAACCCAGAAAGCAAACUUGAAUCAAAUUCCACUUGGUCGAGAUGUCCAUAGCCUGGUGAUGAGGAAUGAUGGAGCUCUCUACUAUAACAAUGAGGAGAAAAAUAGGCUACCAGCAAACAGCCUUCCUCAGGAGGGCGAUGUGGUGGGCAUUACGUAUGACCAUGUAGAAUUAAAUGUAUAUUUAAAUGGGAAGAACAUGCAUUGUCCAGCUUCAGGAAUCCGAGGGACUGUCUAUCCAGUGGUCUAUGUUGAUGACAGUGCCAUUCUGGAUUGUCAGUUCAGUGAUUUUUAUCAUACGCCUCCACCAGGGUUUGAAAAGAUCCUCUUUGAGCAGCAAAUCUUCUGAAUGUCUUCAUACCGAAAAUUUGCACCCUGCACUGUUACAAAAGCUUUGUCAUCUUAAAUAAGGCUUCACUUUUAGGAAACAUAUCUGUAUUUUUAGUAAGUACUUGUGACUGUUGUCUGCAGAAUUAAUACGUUAACUGCAACACCAGGUAACUCUGUUGCAAAUACGAGAUUUCUGGAAAUGUUUUGUGGCUGAAAAUGAGUGUUUUGGGACAGGGUUUUUCUCUGAUUUGUACUUGAUGCAUAGCGAGACCAAGGGAGAUUAUUGUCAUCAGUAUUACGUUCAGUAUUUUGAGUAAACUGGAGCUCUAUAAAGCAAGUAGUUCUUAUGCACAUGGUAGCUAUGGAGACGGAUAGUUCUCAUUUUUUUUCCAACUUUUUUCACAAAAGUUAUGUACUUUGUUUAAAGGAAGCACUGUGUUUCUAGUCUGCGAUUUGGAGUUGCGGUGUUCCAGUUGCGCACGAUGACUAAUAAUAACAAAGGCAUAACUAGCAGCUAGCUACUUUCUUUGCAAGGUGUAAUUUAAUCCAUUUCUUCAAUCUUAGACCAGCAAAUGUAACUUAUCUAUUUCUCCUAGCUUUUCAUUUGCUUUUAAUAGGAC